AUGCCAACAUAUCGUGAUGGAAAUUUACAAGUAGCUAUUUCAACAAGUGGUACUGGGCCUCACAUAGCUCAAAAACUGAGACAACACAUAAUUGAAAAUAUACCAAAAAAUAUUUCAAAUGCUACCAGAAAUGCUGCUUUAUUAACACAACUUGCUAGCAUUGAAAUUAAUACUCAUGAAGGUGGAUUGAAACUUGUGAAUGGUAGUACAGCUAUAGAACAUGUGGCUUAUGCUUUAACUAGUCCUAUUUUUAUUUAUCCAGCUACAAGAUCAUACUAUCUUGGCUGA